AGGUUAGUCGGUUUUUGUCUCGGGUGGUGGGCGAUUGGGCGGUUCGGCGGUGGAGGGAGAGACAAGGAGAAGUUCUAGACCUGACGUCAGUUUCUUAGUGUGACGAUGGAAGCCCAUGCAAGAGGUGCGAGAAGACUGGUGCCGGAGCGCUCUGCGUUCGUGUUCAUUUUGUCGAUCUGGAUGUAUUCUCCAAAUGGUUGGUCGAUUCGUACUCGCGGACCAUGAUGCAUCACACACUCCGCUUCACGAAUGCGCCGCCGCGGACGCUCGUCGUGUCACACUCCAAGACGCUGGGCGUCACGAUGCAGCUCAACGUCUACGAGUUUGCACCUUCGGCAACGGAAGAGCUCGAUUACUGGUACAAGGACGCCAACGGGUGGCAGUCGACGCCGACUGCGCCGUUUGCGAUGAAGCGCGGCAUCAACACCGACAUCAUGGAAAAGUACAUCCAGGACCACACCUACUACUUCGUCGAGAGCGCCUUCCGCGAGAACCCCAUCAUGGCCGAGAUCUUCACGACGGCGUUCAAGUACUCGCGGAUGGAGGAGAACUUUCUGCUGCGAGACACGCUACAGCUGUGGACGGCGACGCAGAUGCUGAUCAGAGGGGGUGCGCUGCACCCGACGUCCGACAACCUAGGGAUAAUGGCGAUCCCGAGCCUGUCGUCGCCGCAGGCGGGGCAGACGCCGCUCCCCCGAGUCCUCUCGAACCAGAUCGACCACCUCCUCGAGCGGCGCAUCUGGCAGCUCGAGAAGCAGAUACUCAGCGAGCUACAGAAGCGCAUCUUUGGGCGCAAGCGCGAGGACUGGCUCAAGAUCUUCUUCACCACCGUCGUGUUCAUGAACGCGCUCGAGCGCGAUUCGUGGCGGCUGUACUACUGGCUGUUCCACAUGGACAGCGGGUACGUCUGGCGUCACCCCACCACGCCCAAGCGGUUGAUCGAAAAGAACGAUGCACUGGCCGUCUCGCUGGCGGCGCACUUCGCCGCCAUCUCAAAGGGGCUCACCCCUUUCGCGCUGGACUGGAGUCGCGAGCAGACAAUCGGGCUCAUCGGCAACUGCGAGGACCCUGAGGGGGUUAUGGGGGCCAUGGAGCGAAUUGGCCGCGGAUUAAGAAAUCCUGGUAAGUCAACUACGACUCCACCACCACCCACACCCCACUGCCUUAAACAAAACAGGCAUCUCUGUACACACUCUAGCUAUAGGGUAGAUUGCUGACUCUGCUUGCACCCCCUCAUAGACCACGCACGCUUCACCAGCAACAUCCUCUCGCACUACCGCCAGGACGACGAAAGGAGCUUGGACUUCCUAUACUCCUCCAAGGUCAUGAUCGUCUGAUCAUGCCACCUUUUUUUUUCCUUUCUUUCUUUCUUUUAAUUUCUUACUGCAACUGCAAGCAACUGCAACUGUGCCUCGUCCUUCGCCCCGCGCCCCGCGCCUGCAGUAACUGCGGCACAUACAGCUACA